AUGGCAUCGGCUGCACCAGAACAACAACAGCCACAGCAGCAACAGCAACCUCCCGCUGUUCCACCUCCUCCCCCCGCACCCGCACAGGCCACAGCAGCUGCAGCGGCGCCUCCUGUGCCUCAGCCUGCACCGGGAACGGCACCAUACGAAUACCAGCAACAACUAUUUAAUGGCAUCACUGGGAUUGAGCCUAAUGCCUUGCUGAAGAUCCUGCGAUCUCUUCCUGGAGUGUUUCCUUCUGUAAGUGGCUCAGAUAUUCGCACCUUCACCGGCGUCCGUCGCGGACUUGUGUCUCCCCCACACGUGAUGCUAAUGACCGCGUUCCGCGACCACGGGCGCACAGAGCACGGUCACGGGGAGAUCUGGACAUCUGGACUGCAUCUUGAUCCUGCGAAUCAGAAGCAGGAUGCUGCUCAGGCCCUUUCCAAUCUCUCGCAGUACCCUCAACAAGGUCUGCAGUAUCCGCCACCCGCCGGUAUCCCAGGUAUCAACGAACCUGGCCCAUCAUCACAUCCCCGCGGUCCCCCUACCCUAAAUCAACUCACCGCUGCCGUCGCGAUGCAGGUUGCACCCACCCCUGUACAGGGGCAGCAGCCUCCAGCCGAUGGUGCCGGGAAGCCACCCACUCAACCCGCGCCAGUUCCAACCGACCCCAAUGCUCAGGCGUCUACCUCUGCCCAGCCCGCCCAGCCACCACCACAACCUGCACCUGCUGCUACCCCUGCUCCUACGACGACUGGUGGUCGACGCCAACGAAACCCUGCAAUCGGUACCGAUGAGUGGGCUCGCCAAAGAAAAGACAACCACAAAGAGGUUGAACGCCGUCGGCGAGGGAACAUCAACGAGGGCAUCAACGAGCUUGGCCGCAUCGUUCCAAAUGGAACAGGUGAGAAGGCCAAAGGUGCCAUUCUCGCUCGUGCCGUCCAGUACAUCCACCACCUGAAGGAGAACGAGGCGCGGAACAUUGAAAAGUGGACGCUGGAGAAGCUGCUCAUGGAUCAGGCCAUGGGUGAUCUCCAGGCGCAGUUGGAGGAGGUGAAGCGGCUGUGGGACGAGGAGCGGACCGCGCGACAGCGGUUAGAGGCUGAGCUGGAGCUCCUUCGAGGCCGCCAGAGUGCUGCUCCCAAGGAUGAAGCUACCGCGGCUGGCACCAAGCGACGGAGUGAAGAGGAAGGUGGUGAGGCGCCAGCCGCCAGCGCUGCACCAGCCGAGAACGCUGAGGAGAGGGACGGCAAGCGCCAGCGGACCGAGUAG